AAUAGCUUUAAUACAUUUUUUUAAUGUUGCUCUGAUUUACGUAGUGCCAACAAGUAAAGACAGAAAGCGCCACAUUGUUCGUUGUUGGCCGUAUUGCUUUAAUCGCUGCGCCUUUGGUAUGCCCAUAUGCAUGUGUGUGUGUGUGUGUGUUGGUUAUUGGUAUAAUUGGGUACACGUUUAAUUAUUUGAUGGCAGUACUGUGAGUCGUUGACAUACGAUACUUUAGUAAAGUAUCAACAGUGUGUAAUCAUAGAAACAGUACUUUGUUACGAAAAAUGGUUGCGAUAAAAGGUCGCAAAAAUUCAAAUAAAAAUCCUCCUGUAUUCAGUCAUGAAUAUAUUAUCCAAAAUCAUGGAGAUCUUGUUUCUCUCGUGGCUCUGAUUUUCGUAACGGGCCUAAUGGUGCAGGCAAGAUGGGCAUAUACAUUUAUUGCUAUUCACCACAAUGUAACUUCAGACACUGAAGAUCCAACUAUGCCAACGAAAUAUACUACUGGUUGGAAAGAUGCAUGUGUUGUAUUUUUCUCUCUUUUGAUAACAAUUGUAAUGCAUGCUGUAUUUCAAGAAUAUAUCAUUGAUAAAGUUUCAAAACGUUUACACCUUAGCAAAGUAAAACUUGCUAAAUUCAAUGAAUCUAGUCAACUUGUUCUGUUUUAUGUAUUAUCUCUUAUGUGGGCUAUAGACAUAAUUAUUAGGGAAGAUCUACUGUUGAACAUAACUUCAUUAUGGAAGGAAUACCCUAUACCAAUGUCUUUCUCCUCAAAAUUGUUUUUUAUUGGGCAACUUGCUUAUUGGUUGCACUGUUAUCCUGAAUUAUAUUUUCAAAGAGUAAAAAAGGAAGAUAUACCAGUUCGAGCUGUACAAGCAACUAUUGGAUUAUUUUUUACUCUUGCAGCUUAUGUUUUUAAUUUUCAACAAGUAGGAAUCUUAUUAUUGGUUCUACAUUAUAUAGGAGAUGUUAUGCUUCAUGGAACUAGACUUAUCCAUUUUGUUGGCAAAAAGGAAAAGGUGACAAAAAUGGCAUUCCUUAUUGCAAAUUCAACAUAUGUUGUCAUUCGCAUUGCAACACUGGCUAUUGCAAUGCUAGUGUUUUUGUAUGGAUUAGGUCAAGUUGAAAGUGUGUUUGAUUUUGCUACUGGAAAUUUUAAUAUUCCAAUUAUAAGAUUCACUGCUUUGAGCGCUGUUAUUAUUUUUCAAGUAUAUCUUUCUUAUAUAUUUAUUUCGAGGCAAAUUAAACGUGCCCGUGAAAAUGUAGUUCCUGUCCAAACAACAGUAAAAACAAAACAAAAAUCGAAAAGAAAAGAAGGGAAAAAAUCUGCCAUGUCUGAGGAUGAUGAUCUACCAGAAGUUGAUCAGGCUACUAAGAAAAAUCUAAGAUCUCGUUCAUAUGCAAAAGCAAAUAACUACUAUGUGUUGCAGCGAAGUUAGCUGAUAGUGGAAAGAAAGAAAUGAAGGAAAUCCUUUCCUCCGACAAUGAAGGAAAGGAUAAAAAAUAAAUUGGGAGAUACAAAAAAGGAAUCGAAGAA